AAUGUCUCAAAGUGAUCGGAAUAAUUAUGAAACUUUAAGAGAAAAUGACAACACUUACACCGUAGAUGAUGCUAUCGAAAAUUUGGGUAAUGGUAAAUACCAAAUAAUGAUAUUUGUCGUAUCUUUGCUAUCCUGGAUGACAGAAGGAAUGGAACUUUUACUAGCAGCAAUAUUAGGUCCUUUAUUGAUUUGUCACUGGAAAAUUUCACCAAUAUCAGAGUCUAUAAUGAGUUCUGCCACAUAUGUUGGUUUCACUUUGGGAAGCGUCCUAUUUGUGCCAUUAGCUGAUAAGGCCGGAAGACUUGGAGCCAGUUAUUCAUUGGGAGUUUUUCUCCAAAGUGUCUUAGCUUAUUUUAUAAUUCCAAAUUAUGGAUGGAGGAUAUGGGUUGCUGUAAUUUCUACCAUUACUUUACUUUCAUUUUUGCUUUCAUUGAGUUUACAAGAAAGUCCACGUUUCACCGAAAAAUUAGGGAAUGUACGGAAAACAGAGUCUAUAUUAAAGAUAAUGUAUAAAUGGAAUAAUAAACCAUUCCUCAAAGGACGAUUAUUGCAAAAGACAGCUAAACUUCCCAAAAUUAAUAGUUACGCUGAAAUUUUGAAAUUUGAAGAUAAAUUUUCAGCUACUUUUCUUUAUCUUACUUGGUUUGGAAUUAAUUUAGUCUAUUUCGGAAUUUGUUUAAUUAUACCUCAAAUAUUGAAAGAUGGCGGUGGAUGCAUGAAAAAUCUCACUAUUAGCAAUAAUUAUGGAAUGGAUGAAUUUGGCAACUGUCAAGUUUUUUCUGGUAAAGACUUCUUAUACAUUAUGUUGUCAGGUUUCUCUGAAGUUGUCGCUGCAUUUGCGACGUGGCUCUUAAUAGAAAGAGUGGGCAGAAUAAAUAUGAUAUUUGUAGAUAAUUUAUUGACCGGGAUUAUUUCACUUGUGCUCAUUCAUUGUUUUCCAAAAGCUGUUUACGUCGUGUUAUUAUGCCUUGCAAGAGCCUUUUCAUGCAGCUCCUCACAUGUUAUUAUACUUUUGGCUUGUGAGUUCUUCCCAACAAAUAUUAGAUCAACAGCAGUUGGUAUCGGAUUUUUUGUAUGUAAAAUUGGAGCUGCAUUGUCACCUUUCAUAGGUCAAUAUUUAGUGACCUAUUACCCGAGAGGUGCAAUUGGUACAAUUGGAGUUUUUAGUUUAUCAACUUCCUUAAUAGUUUUAUUUAUUAAAAGAGACACAACAAGUGCGUAUCUUGACUAA